UUAACAAACAUCUGUGUUCAAGUUCAGUUCCUAAAACAUUUUUUUCUCCCUAGUCUUAUUUUCUCAUAUCUCAGAUUCUUCCUCUGUUCUCCCUCAACUCAAUUCCUGUUACAAACAAGAUGUGCUCACACCAGAGCUUAUCAGAAGCUCUUGAUAAGGAAGUGGUUUCUAAAGUUUCUGUUAAGAUAAGUAAGAGGCCUCGGAAAGUGGUGGUAGGUUGUCUCAACAGAGACGAGGAAAAUGCUGAAGAAUCAGAGUCCAUGAUGUGUCAUCAAUGUCAGCGAAACGAUAAUGGGGAGGUUGUGCGGUGUAAGAAUUGCUGCGAUAGGAAGCGUUAUUGCCACAAAUGCUUAGCAAAUUGGUACCCUCACAUCCCACAUGAAGACAUUGCCAAGAGAUGCCCCUUUUGCUGCAAUACUUGCAACUGCAGAGCAUGGUUGCGUCUAGAUACUAAAAUGGAAUUAAAUUCAGAUCUCAAGGUUAGCAAGGAUGAAGAAAUCCAGUGCUCUAAGUAUAUUCUGCGGAAGCUUCUCCCACAUCUGAAGGAAAUAAACGAUGAACAAGUUCUUGAGAAGGAAGCCGAGGCAAUGAUAUCAGGACUGGAGUUUGGAGAGGUGAAGCCUGAAGACAUUAAUUGUCACCCUGGCGAAAGACUGUCUUGUGAUAGCUGCAAGACUCCGAUCUUUGAUCUUCAUAGACAUUGCUCGAGCUGUGGUUCUGAUAUCUGCAUUGCAUGUUCCAUGGAGAUCCGAAAAGGAAAGCUUCAGGCUUGUCAGGAGGAUGUUUCUUGGAAUUAUAUUAACCGAGGGUUUGAUUAUCUACAUGGAGGAAAAGAAAAAAUUGAUAAACCUGCGGAUGAAAAGCUGAAUAUCGAAGACUGUGUGAAGUUCCCAUCUACUACGUGGAAAACAAAUGAAGCUGGGAUCAUUACUUGCUAUUGUGGUGACAGAGUUUUAGAGUUGAAAUGUGUACUUCCCGAUGAUUGGGUAUCAGAAUUGGUCAAAAAGGUAGAAGAAACUGUUGAAACCAACAACAAGCCUUUUGAUUUACCCGAAAUGGUCACGGAGCGAUGCCCUUGUUUUGACUCUGAAGGUCAUAUUGACAUGGACACCAACAGAAACGUGUUAAAGGCUGCAUGCCGACAAGGAUCAGAAGACAAUUAUCUAUAUUUUCCAAGUGUUCAUGAAGAUGAUCUGAAGCAUUUUCAGCAUCAUUGGGCAAAAGGAGAGCCUGUGGUUUUGAGGAAUGUGCUUGAGUCUACAGCUGGUUUAAGCUGGGAACCAAAUGUUAUGCAUCGUGCCUGCCGUCUGAUUAGAAGCACCAACCAUGAACCACUUCUGGACGUUAAUACUAUCGAUUGUCUGGACUGCUGUGAGGGAUCGAUUAAUCUUCAAGCAUUCUUUACCGGGUACAAAAAGGGCCGUUAUGACCGUGAGGAUUGGCCAAGUGUUGUGAAACUGAAAGAUUGGCCUCCAUCGAAGAGCUUCAAUGAAAACUUACCACGUCACUGUGAGGAGUUCUUAUGCAGUUUGCCUUUGAAGCAGUACACCCACCCGCGUAAUGGGCCUUUAAAUCUUGUCUUGAAGUUGCCUGAUGAGUGCUUAAAGCCAGACGUGGGACCAAAGACCUACUUUGCUUAUGGAUUUGCGCAAGAAAUGGGCCGUGGAGAUUCAGUCACCAAGCUCCACUGCGACAUGUCUGAUGUGGUUAGUACUCAUUUCUCUAAAGUGACCAUUAGAGAGGAUGAAAAGAAAUCCAAAAUGGAAAGAAUAAACAAACUGAAGAGGAAGCAUGCUGAGCAAGAUGUCAAGGAGCUAUUUUGCUCGGUACCUAACUACAAGGAAAAGAUGGAGAUUCUUGAAAACACAAGUGAAGAAGAAGUCAAUAACCUUGAAGCUGAUGAUGGAGGAGCUCUUUGGGGCAUUUUUCGUAGAGAAGAUGUUCCAAAAUUAGAGAAAUACCUUCUGAGUCAUCACAAAGAGUUCCGUCAUUUCUUCUGUUCCCCCGUGUCUAAGGUGGUUCAUCCAAUACAUGACCAGUCUUUCUAUCUGACGCGAUAUCAUAAAAUGAUUCUGAAAGAAGAAUACGGAAUUGAACCAUGGACGUUUGUUCAGAAGCUUGGAGAUGCUGUGUUAAUACCUGUAGGCUGCCCUCAUCAAGUCAGGAACUUGAAGUCUUGCACAAAGGUGGCGCUUGACUUUGUCACACCCGAAAAUAUCAGUGAGUGUUUCCGCUUAACAAAGGAGUAUCGUCUGCUACCCCCAAACCAUCAUUCGAAAGAGGACAAGUUGCAGAUAAAGAAGAUAGUAGUCUUUGCAGUCGAUAAGGCUCUCCAAGACUUGGAUCGAAAUGAACGGUCUAAGUCUCUAGAAGCCAAAGGCCCAAAGAGGAGAAAAACGCAAGGACGUUGACGACCAGACGGAAGCGUAAAAACUGACAGAUUACUAAUGGUGUUGAUGUGAGCAUGAAUACUCACUUGAAGACAGUUAAAAUGACCCUGAAUGGGAAGAACCCAGUAACACUCGAUCAUCUAAGCACGAGGGGUUACAAUAUCCGCUACUACAUUCUUCCUGAUAGCUUGAAUCUGGGGACUUUACUAGUGGAAGACACUCCUCGAGUUAAACCUAAAAAGCCUGUUGCUGGAAAGCCUGAUGAACGCGGUCGUGGCAGAGGUGGUUAAAUGCGUCGGUGCACUAGAUUGAAGGUAAGUGAAUUGAAUUUGUAGGAAGUGGGAGCCCUAAGGUAUCUAGGAGAAUUUUAUUGAAUUAUGAAUUUAGCAACUCUUGCAAAGAAAACAUCUGGUACAAUUGGUGCUCGUAAGGAAGUUACUAUGUAAUGUGAACUUAAUGGAUAAAGAAGAUUUAGCUUUUCAUUUCAUAA